AUGACAACUAAAAACCAACAAAUCACCAAAUUCAAAGGGGUGAUCCUAUUUUUACAUGGUUAUACCCAAAAUUCAUCGAUAUUCUAUGCAAAAACAUCAGCAUUAAGGAAAAAAAUUUUGAAGUUAGGUUACAAAUGUAAAUACUUAAACGGUCCAUAUGUUUUACAACCUUCAGACUUACCUACGACAGAUUCCUUAUCGAAAUUUGGAUCUAGUGACAAUCAAGAUGUAACAUAUCGUGGAUGGUGGAUUAAAAACGAUCAUACAAAUGACUCUAUUGACUUGGACAAAUCAAUUGAUUCAAUACGAAAUUAUAUAGAGAAUGGUAUUUUAAUACCUGACGAUGAGUCUCAAAAUAAGGAAAUAUCAAAAGAAAGUGAAGAAGAUAAAGAAUUGCCUAUAGUAGGACUAAUUGGGUUCUCUCAAGGUGCUUCAUUUGCAGGGUUAAUUGCUGAAAAUUUUCAAAACUUAUUUAAUACAAAGAAUCCAUUGAAAUUUGUAAUACUAUAUUCUGGUUUUAAAUUAGACACAUCAAAAUCGUCAAAAAAUGAUAAAUAUAAUUCAUAUUAUGAUGAAGAAUUAAAUCCAGAUUUGAAGUAUCUACAUGUUUAUGGUGAGUUAGAUACCGUUGUUGAUGAAGUCAGAAGUUUGUCGUUGUACAACAUCACCAAACCUAAAUCUGAUUUACUAAAACAUCCUGGUGGACAUUUUGUUCCAAAUUCUAAGCUAUACAUUGAUCAAGUUGUAAAUUGGAUUCAGAGUGUGACAAAGGAUGAUAAUGAGAAAGUAACGAAUCAACCUGGAAAAGGUGACGUUAAUGAAAAGAAAUCUAAAUUAGAUACCAAGGAUGAUAUUGAAUCGUUAUUGGAUAUGAUGGAAGGAUUUGGGAAAGCUUAA